AACUUCCAGACAGCGGUGCGGGAGAACGUUACCAUUAAUGGGCAGCCCUGGGAGGAGACUUCGCAUGACUGUGACCUGCAGGGUUCCAGCAUUAAAAUUCUGGAGGAUCAGUUUGAUGAACUAAUAGUGGCGACAUCAACAAAGCGCAAGCAGUGGCCUAAAAAGAUACUGGUGCAUGCUAUCCAAACCAUGAAAGCAGAGCAAGAGAUGUUGAAGCUCUACCAGCCUGUUGUAACACCAGAAGAGAUAAGAUCACAGCCUUCUCAAGAUGCUUACAUCGCAGAUCUGAAGCAGAUGACAGAACUGGUGUCCAAACAGAUCAGUGGAGCAAUGAAGUCUCUCCCAGCACUAAUAGAACGAGCAGAAGGUUUUUCCCAAGCGUUAACUUGGCAACCAACGCUGGAACUCUGCAAGCUGCGGCAAGAAGUCUUUGCUGGCUGCAAGGCAAAGGAGGAAAAUAACGUCCAAAAUUUCAUAUCACCAGGAGAAGUUACACCAACAGACACUGAUACCAGUAAAAAUCCUUGUGUUUUGCUGAAAAGAAAAAAACCCAUAGAUUCACCAGAACGAAGACGCUACCCACUUCGACGGAGGAAGAUUAUUCUCAGCACAUGA